AUGCAAUACUUUGACGACGAACAAAUCAGGAGAGUGUUAGAGGAGUCUGAUGGUGAAGAUACACUUUUCAAUGAUUAUGAUUGUGAAGAACUUGACGGAGACGCUGAUGUGGAGAUUGAUGAAUGUGAAGAAGAGACAAUCGAAGCCAUCACCAGAGAGGCACAACAUGGAGGAGAAAUGGGUGAGUCUGCAUACUCUGAAAUACUAAGUGGACAACAUGAAAAUGCUGAAGUAGAGAAUGCACAGUCCGGAAUAUCAGACAGCCCAACCUGUAACUCUCCAAUUGUUGCAACUUUACGAACGUUGAGGUCAAGGCGAAUACAGUCACAAGUGUCUCUUGACUCUGAGUGGAAGGUGAUAGUUAAAGAUUUAUCAAGAAAAUUAUUCACAGGGCACGACGAACCAACACGCCAAAAUCUGCUAUUUGAUACAAACACUGAUCUUUUUACAAUAUUCAGAAAAAUUAUUGAUGAUGAUAUCCUAAAACUAAUGGUACAUCAAACAAAUUUAUAUGCCGCACGACUUUUACAAGAACCUGCAAAGCCACACAGUCGUAAAAAACGGUGGUCACUUGUUGACGAAUCGGAAAUGCUAAAAUUUCUUGGUGUUGUUCUACUUAUGGGAAUAAUACCCUUUCCAACGAUAGAGUCUUACUGGAAAAAGGAUGUUAUUUAUUAUCAUCCAUUACUUCAUAAUAUCAAAAUGUCGUACAACAGAUUCACACUUAUACUAAAAUGUUGGCAUUUUUGCGACAAUGAAGCGCCUAGACGCGAAAAUGAUCGACUUUACAAAAUUAGCCCCUUGCUAGAUAUUAUUAUUGAAAAUUCUAGAACUAUUUACACUCCUGGGGACACCGUCGUUGUUGACGAAUCAAUGGUGCAUUUUCGUGGAAGAUUACAUUUUCGUCAGUAUAUACCGUCGAAGUCUCAUAAAUACGGGAUCAAAAUUUAUAAGCUAUGCACUGUAGAUGGCUUUACGUGGGGAUACCAAAUAUAUUGUGGACAGAGCGAAAGGCUAUUUGAUUUGGAUACAACAGGAAGUAUCGUAGUGAAACUAGCAGAAGGACUGUUAGAUGAAGGUCGUUGUAUCAUCACGGACAAUUACUACACGAGUGUGCCUCUUGCAGAGUUUCUGAUCUCUCGUAAUACAGAUCUAUGUGGAACUUUAAAUAAAAAAAGGAGAGGUUUACCAAAAGAUGUAACUGAUGCUGCUUUGCAAAUCGGGGAUAUUGCGGUAAAACAAAAAAACGAAAAUAUCACUGUUCUGAAAUGGAAAGACAAGCGAGAUGUUUGUGCCUUGUCGACCUGUCACGGCAAAGGACUAUCUUUGACGACAUCACGUCUUCCAAAACUGAAGCCUGAUGUAAUACUUACCUACAACAAAGGUAAAAAAGGAAUAGACAUUGCAGAUCAACUGUCCAGUUAUAACACGCCUAUUAGAAAAACGGUAAUCUGGUACAAAAAAGUUGCAACAGAUUUACUUGCGAUAGCAGUGAUAAACUCUAUGAUAAUUUAUAAUGACUUACACCCUGAAAAAAAAGAAAGGUACAACGUUUUGGCAGCAAAUGAAGCAUUCGUGAAGAGAUUGUUGAAAGUUGAACCUGACCAGCAGAAAACACGUGAAGCGCAACCACAGCCGAGCACUUCGCGUUCAUCCGAAAUAGUGAGACAAAUGCCAUUUGAAAGCCUGUCUUCAUCAUCCUCAAGUACACUGUUGGGAUCCAAUAGGGGCUCACAUUUUUUAGAACCCAUUGGCAACGUUAGGGGUAUAUCUAUACGAAGGCGUUGCGUUGGGUGCUAUAAAAAACUUAUUGACCUUGGAAGUCUUCCAAAAACUGCAAGAGCAAAAGCUAAAAGAGUGACAACGCACUGUAAUACAUGUAAAAAAACUUAUUGUCUCCAAUGUUUUUCUGAAAUUCUAUUGCAUAAAUAA